CGCGCGAACACAAGCAGCGUGUAAGCUGCAGCGUUUGGUCAGUUGUGGAAUCGGUGGUGGCGGCGGCGUGCUAGUGACGUCACCAAGCAUGGCGGCUCUGUCUGGUUUGAGGGUCCUUGGCUACGGUGGCUCCGGGCUGGCGGCACGCGCCGCCUCGUGGCAAUCAUUCCCUCGACCCCUUACACACAGAGGGCACCUGCGCCUAGCAGUGCAGGGCUUCGGCCAGAGGGGGCGACAGCUCAGCUCGGAAGCGAAGGGCGAGGACGAGCUGAGGGUCAGAUACCUGGAGGGAGAGGAGCAAGGAAUCGUGGUGCUUGGAAUAAACAGGCCUCAAGCAAAAAAUGCCAUCAGUAAAAGCCUGGUUAAAUCAAUGUUGAAAACAGUAGAUUCAUUAAAAGGCAGUAACAAAGUGCGGACAGUAAUCCUGCGGAGUGAUGUUCCUGGAGUAUUUUGUGCAGGUGCAGAUUUAAAGGAAAGAGCCAAAAUGCACCCCAGUGAAGUUGGACCAUUUGUAUCAAAGGCUCGAGCCCUAAUGAAUGAAUUUGCAAAUCUUCCAAUGCCGACCAUUGUUGCCUUGGAUGGAGUUGCUUUAGGAGGUGGACUUGAGAUGGCAUUGGCCUGUGACAUCAUUGUGGCAGCUUCAUCUGCUAAAAUGGGAUUGGUUGAAACAAAACUGGCCAUUAUUCCUGGAGCAGGUGGCACACAACGAUUGCCUCGUGCCAUUGGUGUUCCCUUAGCAAAGGAACUCAUCUUCUCUGCCCGUGUCCUAGAUGGAAAUGAAGCAAAGACCCUGGGCUUGGUCAGUCAUGUGGUGGAGCAGAAUGAUGCUGGAGAUGCAGCAUAUAAACGAGCUAUUGCUUUAGCACGAGAAUUCACACCUCAGGGACCCAUAGCUUUGAGAAUGGCGAAGUUAGCAAUCAACCAAGGGAUUGAAGUUGAUUUGGCAACAGGCUUAGCAAUAGAAGAAGCGUGCUAUGCUCAGGUUAUUCCAACAAAAGAUAGAAUUGAAGGUUUAUUAGCUUUUAAAGAGAAGAGACCACCUCGCUUCAAGGGAGAAUAAAGAAAUUAUUUAAUGCCUUUAACAUUGAUACAUCAAAAAUAAAGGAGGUACCAUGGGGCCUUCUAAUGACGCGUUGCCUCAGUCCAUGGAAUUUAUAGCCAUGGAGAUUGAAAUGAAAUAAUUUAAAAUAUCACACCAUCUGGAAUGCGCUCAUACUUGUACUUGACAUAAGUAUGGCUGUAAAUCAUUUCUGCAGUUUAUGGAAGGUACCUGUGUUCACAUUGUGUGCCAGGGUUCAUUUAUAAGCGUUUUGUAAGCUGUUGAAAAUGAAAGGGCCAACCAAUCCUAAGAAAGAGUUUUACAUUCAUGGGCUGCAUACAAACAUGCUUUCUGUUUAAUUUUGUUGCUAUUUUAAUGUACACAAUUACUGUACCCUGUAGAAAGUUGAUGAUGUGAAAAAAGCCAUAAAUUACUAGAUUACAUAAUAUGAAUAAUAUCGCAAAAUGAACUGGAUGAAAUCUUAGCUAAUAAGAGUAUAUAAAUAUAUGUGUGUCAUAAUCUGAAUAAACCAUCAUUAAAACACUGCACAUUGGCUAUGCAUGGGUUUGUGGAUAUAGGCUUCCUGAUAGUUAUAUUUGUAAGUUGUGUUAUAUUAUGUAAGUAUAUGUUUCUGCACCCGUUUCUCAUACUUGUUUCCUUUUGCCAUUUCAUCUUGUAAACAUUUUCUCUCUUAUACACAAGGCACAAGAAAGCUGCUUUGAGCAUUAUUUGUCAAUUUUGGAUCUCUUAUGAAAGGAGUGAAGCAAACUUAAACUGGAUGUGCUGUUUUGUUUUUGUUUUAACUUUUUUGAAAGUCACACAAAAAAACAAGGAAGCAAAAAUUACAGUAACUGAAUGAAAUUAAAUGUGUGACAUAUCUAGAAUUUGUACUUUGCAUAGUAGGUUAUUUGCUGAUUCAAUGGGUUAAUAUAUAA